UGGACACGGCAGCCGUCCGAGGCGAGGGUCAACACUUAACUUGUCGUGCAGUAAUGCACAACAGGAAGCGGGUCAUGAAUUGGAAUUAAUGAUUAGGCUAGUCUGGAUUCUGAAACGUCCUCGUUAAAAAAAAAUUCCGGUCGCCAUGGGAUAAAGCGUGAAACAUAGAAUUUGACGUUUAAAAAACUCACUGCAGACGACAACAAGGAACAACGACACGGACGAAAAAUGGAAAACUUCCAAAAGAUCGAGAAAAUCGGAGAAGGGACGUAUGGAGUCGUUUACAAAGCGAGAGACAGAGAAUCCGGAAAAAUGGUCGCACUAAAGAAAAUCAGGCUUGAUACAGAAUCUGAAGGAGUUCCAAGCACUGCCAUCAGGGAAAUUGCACUUCUAAAAGAGCUCGAUCAUUCAAAUGUGGUCAGAUUGCUGGAUGUAGUUCACAAUGACAAGAAACUUUACCUUGUGUUUGAAUUUCUUGAUCAAGACUUGAAGAAAUUUAUGGACAGCUCUCCAUUAGGCCUACCCAUACCACUUAUAAAGAGCUAUCUCCAUCAGCUUCUUAAAGGAGUAGCCUACUGUCAUUCUCAUAGAGUGAUUCAUCGAGACUUAAAACCUCAAAAUCUUCUCAUCGACAAGAAUGGUAGCAUCAAAUUAGCAGAUUUUGGGCUUGCAAGAGCGUUUGGAGUACCACUUAGAACUUACACACAUGAGGUUGUAACGUUGUGGUACAGAGCACCAGAAAUCUUGCUUGGUUGUAGGUUUUAUCUCCCAGCCGUUGAUGUAUGGAGCAUCGGCUGUAUUUUCGUUGAAAUGACCACAAGAAGAGCGUUGUUCCCCGGUGACUCUGAGAUCGAUCAACUCUUCCGUAUAUUUCGCACUCUCGGCACACCUGAUGAAACCAUUUGGCCGGGCGUAACGAAACUUCCAGAUUACAAGUCAACAUUCCCUAAUUGGAAGAAACAAGACCUCAACAAGGUUGUUCCGGCUCUGCCCAGCGAGGGGAGAGAUUUAUUAAGGAAAAUGCUGUGUUACCACCCAGACGGUCGAAUAUCAGCAAAAUCGGCCCUUAGCCAACCCUUCUUUGAUGAUGUGCAACUUAUCAAACCCCAGAGCAUGGAUACCUGAGGCAAUACAAACUGGUACUACAACGUUUCCAAUGGUAAAUGUUAGUGCUUCUACUUUAGAAGAAACCUCAUCAGCUGUUAUAGAAAUGUAUAUUUUAGGGAAGGUAGCUGAUUUCUUGUUUUUCCAUAGUUUUGCCAAAUAUUACUAAAAAGCACUGUUAACAAGGUUUAAACUUUGCAAGAUCUACUUCUCCCAUAACAAUUUGUCACUGGUCCCGUGAAGUGACCUCUCUUGUCCACAGCCUCAAAAUCUGUGUUUGGAGAACAUUGGGGUUGAAGUCUUACUACAAUUUUUUAAGACAAUGAUAAAGCUGAUUUUUUUCACUCAUACAGUUGUUGUAAGUUUUUAAUCGUGCUAGAGUAUUAAAUUCCUAAACAUAUACGACACUUUGUGAAACAAGAUUUACCUGCAGAGUGCUCCGUACGAAACAACACAAAUAGGACACUUUAUAUGAAAACGCUAAGUGCCCGGUCCGACAGAUAGGUCACUUAGUGAAAAUGUAAAAGUCAAUCCUUGUGAAAUUGGCUACAUUCUUCAUGGCAAACAUGCUUCAUUGAAACACAAAGAAGCAAAUCAAGGGAUGCUUCUUUAAAGGCAGUGGACACUAUUGGUAAUUGUCAAAGACUAGCCUUCAUAGUUGGUGUAUCUCAACAUAU